UCAGGUUCAGUGUUCAAGCAGAAUUAGUUUGGCCUAACCAAGGCAACAAAAUUGUAUGGACUACAUGUUCACUGAACUAAACAUGGAAUGCUAUAUAUCAGUUUAAUGUUAAGUGUUUAUAGAGGCCUGUUGACUACCAUAACAUUUGCUUACAUUUACAUGUAUAUGGCUUGUGCUUAGUUGUGCCAAGUUGUGGAAAAUCAGAUCAGAAUGGUCGGUUUUUCAGGAAAUUUAGAUUCAGUAUCUAAAUAGUGCAUUUAGCAUAUCAAAACUGUGUUAGGCAACAAUUUUGCUGUAUAAAGAAAACAUUUUUGGGGGGUUUUACGUCGUAUACGGUAUAAAGAUUUAUAUCAUAGAAGUAAAGGGAUAUAUCCCCGGAGAAGGAUUAAAUUUUCAACCAUAAAUAGUAAUUAUGAGCUAAAUAUGUCAAUGAUCGGCUUCGUGGAACAACAGUUUUAUUUGUGAUGAUGAAAACAAAGUCAGAUGGACUAACAAGAAUAAAGAAUCGAGGGGAUUUAUGUUUGAAGUUAACUUGCUGUAGCGCACCUUGGGAAAUUUGUGUGAAAAGGAGGAAGCGGAAGUCAAAUGUUAAGAGCCGGAAUGGUUGCGGACUGAAUAUGGCUUCAUUGAUUGAAACUUAUGAACAACAAUAUGCCACAUUAACAGCAGAAAUAACACAUAAUAUUAACAAUAUUUCAAGUACAAGAGGAGCCAUCUUCUCGAGUUGUAAUACUGAAAAGCAGAAAUAUGUCAGACAGGUGGAAAAAUUGUUCGAUGAAGCAAAGGAAUUGUUGGAGCAAAUGGACCUGGAAGUGAAAGACUUAACAACAGAUAGACAAAAAUAUAAAACUAGAGUAAAAAGUUACCAGGUGGAACUUACCAAGCUAGAAACUGAUGUGAGAAGAGCAAAGUUAGGUAUAGAUAGCAGUAGAGAUGAAUUAUUAGGUGAUGAUACACAUGACUCAGAGGAUCAGAGAAGAAGAUUGCUAGAUAACACAGAGAUGUUAGACAGAGCUACAAGAAGAAUAGAACAUGGAUAUAAAGUUACUCUAGAAACAGAACAAAUUGGUGCACAGGUUAUAGAAGAUCUUUCAAAUCAGAGAGAAAGUAUACAGAGGUCAAGGAGUAGGUUAGGUGAGAUGAAUGCAAAUUUAGGGAAAAGUUCACGACUUCUCUCAGGCAUGAUGAAAAGAAUUAUACAGAACAGAAUUCUAUUGAUUGGUAUCGGUUUGAUAUUAUUAAUUGUCAUAGUGGUAGCAAUAUAUUUUAUGGUGCGAGAGAAUUCCUGACAGGAGCAAGUUUAGACCUUUAUAUACCGGUAAUCAAAUAUUCAAGAUGAAACAUUGAAAGUCACAACAACUUUGUUCAAAACAUAUUGAUGGGGAAACUUAAUUUGGUACAUGUAAUAGUGAAUUGAUAUUGAGGCUUGAACCAUUCGAUUAGAUGUAAUUUUACUGUUAAUUCAUUUAGUUUCGAGGGUACCACUUUUGGUUGAUUGUGGAAAAGUUGCAUUCUAGUGGAUAUUAGAUUUCAUGGUUUUGCCAAAGUCUGCAUACAUAAUAUUUGUAAAUCGUUGUUCACUAAAAUUUGUGGUUUCCCUGAACCCACAAAAUCCACGAAAAUUGGUAUCCAACGAAUAAUAAUGAAUCCACAGUAUUACAUGUCAUUGGGUGGGUAGUAGUAGGAUAAGACAAACUUAGUACAUGGAAUGGAUUCAUCAGAGUUCAAAUUGACUUCAGGUACAAUGAAGCAAUACCAUUAGAUUUACUUUUAACCGAUUGUUACACUUUUUUCCAUUGAUGAAAUAUGCCUUUUCUUUAAAAGUAAUUUUCAGAUAGACAUAGGUCAUAGGUGUAGCCUUUUUAUCCUAUAUUUAUUUCAGAGUUAAUGUCUGAAAAAAAACUCUUGAGUCUUUACUAUGCUUCACUUCUUCAUAAAAUCAGUCAUUCAAUCAAUCAAAACAGUGUAUUAAAAAAGCCUUAACUUCUGAUAUUUUUUCACUGUAAAGAAAGUAAGAAGGUUUUGAAACUCAUAUUCAAGGGUCUGGUUGGGGGUCCUUCAUUUCUGUAUCCUUUAAAGUUUUUGGUCUUUUUUUUGGUAUUCUUUAUACUUUUUGCCCAUCAUUCUCUAUUCUUUAUAUUUUAGCACCACGUUAUUCUCUAUUCUUUAUUUUUUGCCCAUCAUUCUCUAUUCUUUAUAUUUUAGCACCACGUUAUUCUCUAUUCUUUAUUUUUUGCCCUAUUUUUUCUAUUUCUUAUUUUUUUGGCCAUUUGUUCUGCACAUUUUGCCCAUUUUUCUCAAUCUGAAACCCUAUCCAGACCCUUAUAUUCAGUUCAGGGACACAUGUUUCCAGAGAUGAAGGCUCUAAUUGUCAAUAGAAAAUCUUUGAUGGUCCACACUUACAUAUAUGUCCCAAUUCCCAAGUCCCAACAUUGAGUCAUCAGUUUAACACAUAUUUGUUAUAAAUGGAAUUCAGAAUUGUAUGUUAAUAUAAACUAGUCAACAGCAGCUAUUCAUUAAAUGUACACAUUGUUAUGACCAAUUUAAAAAGAUGUGUGAAAUUUACAAACAAUUGUAUUUUAAGGUCAAACCAUCAAACUUUGUAACAUGUACUAUAAUUAAUGCAAUAUAAUUACAGGUCACAAAUAUGUAUUAUUGAUACUUUUUACAUGUGUAUAUUGUGAUUUUAGUUUUAUUAUAGUAGCAUAGAAUAGAUGAUUCAUUUGUGAUCAAGUUGAAUGUCAGAAUAGGAAGUCAAUUAUUGUUUCCAGUUUUGUUUUUACAAUUUUGUUUCCUUUUCCUCUUGUCAGAACUACAUUCUGUAAUUUCAGAGAGCUGAACCAAUAUCUGUAUUGAGUUAUAUUAUUUAGAUAUCUAUAUAAUCCUUGUCAUGAGUCCAAAUUUCGUUAUUUUAUUGGCACAAACCUACACAUUACAAUUCAAAAGAUUCUUACUGGCUUAAGGGCAUUGGAUACAGUUACAGAGGAGGUAAUUUAAUAUGUUGCUUAUAUAAAAUGUCAAACUGUGACAUGUUGGGAAAAGAUGCAUUUUUUAACUGAUUUUUAUACGACCGCAAACAUAUAUUGGUAUCACGACGUCGUCUGUGUCUUCCGAAGACAUUUGGUUUCUGGACAAUAACUUUAGUUUAAGUGUAUGGACCUCUAUGAAAUUUCACCAAAAGGUUCAAUACUACAGAAGAAAGGUUGGGAUUGUUUUUGGGGGUGAUGGUCCUAACCAUUUAGGAAAAAGGGGCCAAAACCAGCAUUUUUCUAGUUUCAGGACAAUAACUUGUGUAUAAGUAUUUUGAUUGCUCUGAAAUUGUACCACAAGGUUCAAUACCACAAGUAGAAGGUUGGUAUUAAUUUUGGGGGUAAUUGCCCAAACCGUUCAGGAAUUAGGGGCAAUUUUUUUUCCUCAAAAGAAAAUUCUCUUCAAAUAUUAUUGUUUUUGGAAGGGGGGUAAAAAAAAAAAAAAUUUUUUUGGGGGGGGGUCAAUUUAUGUUUCCUCAAGAUUAAAGAAAUUGUCAAUUUUCCAAAGAAAAAAAUUGGGGGUCACAAUUUAUUUUGCUAAUUCUUUGUAUAUAGUCUGAAAACAGAUUUACUAAGUAUUGCGCAACAGCACAGUGUAUUGCACAACAGCAAGAAAUCUUCAAUUGAAUAUAAAUUCAAAUCAUACAACCAAUUUCAAGUUCUUUGACACAUUUAUUCUGUGUCAGAAACCUGUAAUGUGUCAAAUAUUUAAUUACAAUCCAAAUUCAGACCUGUAUCAAGCUUGAAUAUUGUGUCCAUUUUUGCCCCAACUGUUCAGGGUUGGACCUCUGCGGUUGUAUCCAGCUGCGCUCAGCAAAGCAGUUUAUUAUCAUUAGCUUUAAAACAAGUACAUGGACACCUCCUUUUCAAAGUGACAUUUGGCUUAGUUAUUUUUUAAGACUGUGCCAAUUUUUAUGAAAAAAUCACUAAUGUAUUUUCUUCAGAUUAGAUAAAUAUACAGCAAAUAAGAUGGCUUUUUUUCUAAAAUUAUGAUCAUUAGAUAAAAUUGAAUUAUUUCCAAAGAAUAUUACACAAAUUUAGAUCAUACUUAUGUGAAGAAGAUAUUCCAAAUGUUUUUACAAAAAAAACACGUUUUUAUCUUUUUAAACAAAAACAAAAAAAUAUGCCUGUCCAAUGGAUAGAGAUGUUCAAGAAUCUGAAAUUUUGAGUAAAUGUCUAAAAUUUUGACACCAUUUGUCUCGAAAAGUAGCACAUGAAGGUAUAUUUUUUAUUUCAUAUUUGAAUAGACUAGGUGAAAAAAAAAGCUUGUAUUCAAAUUUUGUUAAAAAAUCAUUCUUGGAUCAAAACUGUAUUGUAUGCCCUUUUACAAAAAAAUAAUAAUUGAUCUGAAUGGACACAUCAACUCUGUGAUGUUAAUGUACAUGUAUUACUUACAAAUGUAUAGAAGAAUUCAUUGAUAGUAUGGAAUUUAUUGCAGUAGAAAUAUAUGUUUAUCUUUGUGAAAGUUGUUUGCCACAGAUCACCAUUUAUGUGUAUAUUUUUAUGUAUUUAUUGUUUAUUCAUCCUCAAUUUUAUGAAAAAUUUUAAUGUCAAAUGUGAUAUUUUAUUUGCAAUGAAAUGUUGUUUAUUGUUGUCAUGCCAUAUUUGAAAAAAGUUAACAUUGUAAUAAAAAAGAAUUCAA